AUGGUUGGUUUUUCGAAGGUUAAACGGAGGGAGAGGGAAAGGGAAAGGGAAAGGGGAAAGGGAAAGGGAAAGGGAAAGGGAGAGGGAGAGGGAAAGGCGGAGGGAAAGGGAAAGGGAAUGGGAAAGGGAAAGGGAAAGGGAAUGGGAAAGGGAGAGGGAAAGGGAGAGGGAAAGGGAGAGGGAAAGGGGGGGAGAGGGAAAGGGAGAGGGAGAGGGAGAGGGGGAGGGAGGGAGAGGGAGAGGGAGAGGGAGAGGGAGAGGGAGAGGGAGAGGGAGAGGGAGAGGGAGAGGGAGAGGGAGAGGGAGAGGGAGAGGGAGAGGGAGAGGGAAAGGGAGAGGGAGAGGGAAAGGCGGAGGGAAAGGGAAAGGGAAUGGGAAAGGGAAAGAGAAAGGGAGAGGAAAAGGGAGAGGGAAAGGGAGAGGGAAAGGGAGAGGGAAAGGGAGAGGGAGAGGGAAAGGGAGAGGGAGAGGGAGAGGGAGAGAGAAAGAGAAAGGGAGAGGGAAAGGGAGAGGGAGAGGGAGAGGGAGAGGGAGAGGGAGAGGGAGAGGGAGAGGGAGAGGGAGAGGGAGAGGGAGAGGGAAAGGGAGAGGGAGAGGGAGAGGGAAAGGGAGAGGGAGAGGGAGAGGGAGAGGGAGAGGGAGAGGGAGAGGGAAAGGGAAAGGGAAAGGGAAAGGGAAAGGGAGAGGGAGAGGGAGAGGGAGAGGGAAAGGGAAAGGGAAAGGGAAAGAGGUGAAGGUGGGGAGGGAUGGAGAGAGGUGAAGGUGGGGAGGGAUGGAGAGAGAAGGGAAACGCACAGCUUUCAUGGGUAG